AUCGGCCGCGGCACCGCGCCCGAAAUCCUGCGCCCCGCAUUUGGGCCAUCUCCAUCCGCCGAUCCACCCAUCCAUCCGCGCCCGACCCCAUCAAAACCCCCACCACCCCGUCCUCCCCGCCCGCGCGCACUCGUCCUUCACCCUCAUCCCGCCUCCUCAGUGCGGCCACACUCACCUGACCCACGGAAUGGCGUCCGGUGGCUCUGGCUGCACCGCCACGGCCGGAGCCGCGGCGCUGCUGUCUCUGGUGUUCUUGUGGCUGCUGCAGGCCUCAGCGGGCGCGGGCGCGGGCGCCGACUGCCACUUCCCGGCCGUGUUCAACUUCGGCGACUCCAACUCGGACACGGGCGGGCUGUCGGCUGCCUUCGGCGCCGCGCCGCCGCCCAACGGCAGGACCUUCUUCGGCAUGCCCGCCGGCCGCUACUGCGACGGCCGCCUCGUCAUCGACUUCAUCGCUGAAAACCUGGGAAUACCUUACCUAAGUGCGUACCUCAACUCAGUAGGAAGCAACUUCUCACAGGGGGCCAAUUUCGCAACAGCCGGCUCGACAAUCAGCCGACAGAACACAUCCCUGUUUCUCUCCGGGUUCAGCCCCAUCUCCUUGGACGUGCAGUCCUGGGAAUUCGAACAGUUCAUCAACAGAAGCCAGUUCGUGUACAACAACAAAGGUGGCAUCUAUAGGGAGCUCCUGCCAAAGGCCGAGUACUUCUCCCAGGCGCUCUACACCUUCGACAUCGGCCAAAACGACAUCACCGCGGGCUACUUUGCAAACAUGACCACUGAUCAAGUCAUAGCGUCGAUUCCUGAACUCAUGGAGAGGCUCACCUCAAUAAUCAAGAAUGUGCAUGAGCUCGGAGGAAGGAACUUCUGGAUCCACAGCACGGGGCCUAUUGGCUGCCUGCCUUACGCUCUCAUUCACCGCCCCGACAUUGCCGCGGUCAAGGACAAGGUUGGCUGCUCCGUCACCUACAACAAGGUUGCGCAACUCUUCAACCAGAGGCUGAAGGAAACGGUGGCUCGUCUCCGGAAAACCUACCCCGACGCCGCGUUCACCUACGUCGACGUCUACGCCGCCAAGUACAAGCUGAUCAGCCAAGCCAGCAAGCUAGGCUUCGACGACGCUCUGCUCACCUGCUGCGGGCACGACGCUGGCCCGUACAACUUCGACCCGAAGGUUGGUUGCGGCGGGAAGGUGCUGGUGAAGGGGAAGUGGGUGGUGCUGGGAAAGUCCUGCGACGACCCGUCCAGGAGAGUGAGCUGGGACGGCGUCCACUUCACUGAGGCGGCGAACAAGUUUGUCUUUGAUCAGAUCGUCGGCGGCGGGCUCUCGGACCCGCCGGUGCCCCUAAGGCAGGCUUGCCGGAGCAAAGGGCAGUGAACUAGAGGCGGAUCGUUGGUCAGGCUGGCCGCGCCGCUGCUGCUGCUGCUAAUUGCUCUGUAAGAGUGUACAAUAUGGAAAGCGUCCUUGAGUUAUACAGAACGUGCCAGCUUCCUUUUGUGAUCGGGGAAAGAGGGGAAUGGGGAUGGAUAACACGGAAGAGCAACGCAAUGCAUGCAUCCUGUCUUCAAUAGUCUGUAAAAGUUUUUGGUAUGGGCACUGCCGGUAAGCAUGAAAUAUGUUGGCACUUGGCA